UCGCGUAUACUGAAUCCAGGGGGCUUGCCUUUUCAGUGGGGGUGGCAACGCUACUAGCCUAUUGCUGCUGUUGCUGUAUAACUUCGAGCUUGUUGAGGGCUGUCUUAAGACGGAAUAUGCUAAGCAGAUAGGUUAGUGUUUAUGUGUGCUGCUGGAGAGAUAGGCUACUGUAAUUGAGAGUGAGGUGGCGUUUCGUUUUCCAUACCAACUGUGCUGCGUGGUCAGUAGAGGCGACGUUGAAUAGACAGAUAUAAUUUUCGGUUAAUUCCUUUCCUUUUCGUUUUUCUGUCGACACUGACAACAAACGCAGGUUUCCUGUGUGCAGUCUGGUAGUAGAAAGGACUUGGACGCGAAAGGGAGUUUGUUCAAAUGGCAGCAAUGACAAUUGGAAUAGAACUAUGCGGUAAUUAAUCGCUGGUGUUGCAGCCAUCUAAUUCACCAUAGCGCGGUUAUCCGUGGCAGCCCUGAACGUAGAGGGGGCUGCACUGUGUCCUGGCCACAGCUUCACUUUCACGGUGGCAAUAGGUGUAUUCAGUUAUUUUGGAUCAGUGCGGGAUUUGAUCUUGAACGUGCAAGGAAGGAACGCUUAUUGAUGAACGAACCCGUGGUACACCGUUUAUAAUUUACUCGUGAACCGAACUGUACACACUAUACUGUUAUUAUUACCAUUGCUCAGGUCGAGGAGAAAUACCAUGAAUAUGCAGCAACCCGUUUUGAACUGUUGCGAUUGUCAAACGUGAAGUAGCUGUGGCUUGCUUUUUGAGCCAAGGAGAAUAGCCAUAGUUGACCAGGUAUGGUGUUAAUACAUUUAUAAUAGUCCACGACAUUCUACGUUUCAAAUCCACCCUGAACAGCAUAUUGGUGCUCUUUUUUUAAUACGGAGGAUUUAAUUUAUAAUUUCGCGCUGAGUUUGCAGUGACCCUUGGGGACUGCUGGUCUGGAAUAGCAACAAAGGACGGGGGCGUGCAUUCAUGGAAUGCAACUUUGACAGCUCUCCACUACUUAUCUACUGACUUUAUCAGCGGGCAACGGGGACGAACUAGUAAUUGAAGGAGAGAUGGCCGAGAUCCCAACUCCCAGUCCUCUCCAUGAGUUGGACGUGGCCAUAGACCCAGACUUCGAGCCACAAAAACGGCCAAGAUCGUGCACCUGGCCGUUGCCCCGACCCGAGUCCAAUGCGGGGAAACCAGAAAGCAACGACACUGACAUUAUACCCGAAGAAGAGGAUGAUGAAGAGGAACAACAUGCCACUUCCAUGGCCAUCAACGUCAAUGGCACCAGCUCCAGCGUGGGAGCAGACCACCAGAACAGCAACAGCCCUACGGCCGAAGGACUGCUGUCUGGACUGGAGAACGGAGGCUCCCCGCUCUCCUCCCACUCCCCCACGACCACUUCGGGCGCACUCGGCACCAGCGGCCCGGGUUCGCAGACUCCACGGAAGUCUUCGUCGCGCAGGAACGCGUGGGGGAAUCUAUCAUAUGCUGAUCUGAUAACCAAAGCCAUAGAGAGCACGCCGGACAAGAGAUUGACUCUGUCUCAGAUUUAUGACUGGAUGGUGAGAUGUGUGCCGUACUUCAAAGACAAAGGCGACAGCAACAGUUCGGCUGGGUGGAAGAACUCCAUCCGGCACAACCUCUCCCUCCACAGUCGUUUCAUCCGUGUCCAGAACGAGGGAACGGGAAAGAGUUCCUGGUGGAUGAUAAACCCGGAGGGAGGGAAGGGCGGGAAGGCCCCCCGGCGCCGUGCUGUCUCCAUGGACAACAGCAACAAGUACACCAAGUCUGCCCGCGGCCGCGCAGCCAAGAAGAAGGCGGCCCUCCAGGCAGUGGCGGCAGGCGAGGGGGGCGGAGACAGCCCCUCAGGGCUUUCCAAGUGGCCGGGCAGCCCCACAUCACGGAGCAGUGAGGAGCUGGAUGCCUGGACAGACUUCCGCUCACGCACCAACUCCAACGCCAGCACGCUGAGUGGGCGCCUCUCACCCAUCCUGGCCAACCCAGAGCUGGACGAGCUGCUGGACGAUGAGCCGCCACUAUCGCCCAUGCUCUACUCCAGUCCCGGCGAGGCACUGUCGCCUGGGAACACCCCCACGCCCAAUGGGAAGGGACUGCCCACAGAGCUGCCUCGCCUGGCAGACCUGGCGGGCACCAUGAACUUGAACGAGGGGCUGACGGACGACCUAAUGGAUGAGCUGCUGGAUAACAUCGCCCUGGCCCCCACCCCAACUGGACCAGCCACCCAAAGAGGAUCCUCCGGGCUCAGCUUUGGCUCCAAGCUUGCCGGACUGGGCUCCUCCUCCCCAACCACCUCUCCCUCUACUCCAUCCCCCUCUAAUGGUGCAGGCGGCGGUGGCUACUGUAACUCCAUCUUUGGUCCCCUCACAGUAGGCUCCUCCCUGCGGCCCGCCCCCAUGCAGACCAUCCAGGAGAACAAGCAGACGUCCUUCUCCUGCAUCUCCCGCUUCGGGAGCCAGACCCUGCAGGAUCUGCUCAGCUCAGAGGGCCACAGCCACAGCAACGUCAUGAUGACCCAGUCUGACCCACUGAUGUCACAAGCCAGUGCCGCCGCUGUUAUCUCCCAGAACUCCAGGCGAGGCUUUGUUCUCCGCAGCGACCCCAUGAUGACCUUUGGGACCACAGCGUUAGGACAGGGGGUGCUCCUGCACAACCACAACCAGGGCUCCCUGAGGACACUGAAUGGGGGUCCGAGCCUGAACAACGAGGCCAACAGCCUGGCCAACGCCAAGCAGCAGCUCCUGCACUCUCCACUGGGACUUGGAUCAAACGGCUCCUCCAUGAUGCAGAUUGACUCGUCCCUCUUCCUGAACGGGAGCGUUGGUGGAAGCGGUGGGAUCUGCUCACUAGGCCCUGACCGCUUCCCAACCGACCUGGACCUGGACAUGUUUAACGGGAGCCUGGAGUGUGACAUGGAGUCCAUCAUCAGAAACGAGCUGAUGGACGCAGAUGGCCUGGACUUUAACUUUGACUCCCUGACCAACCUGAACGGACCCAAUCUGGGCAGCUUUACCAGCACCAAGCAGGGACCCCAGAGCUGGGUCCCUGGCUGAAAGAAAGGCCAAACCCUAGAGGGGGCAGAGCAGGUACAAACUGUAGAGCAAGAGAAGAUCAGACACAAAGCAUCCUUUUUGCCAAGCCUGCCAUCAGCACAACAUGGAAUAAAUACCCUCUGUUUACACAAGACCUCCUCUAGAGAAAUGUACCUUUUCUCCCACUCUGACGAGCCAUGAAUGAUUUGAAGUACACAGACUCACAAGACGUGACCGUCAGAUCCUCAAAGACCCCUGCAAAACAAACAAUCUGAAAUCAUCACAACAAACUCAUCUCAGAAUUAUGCAAUCUUCCUUUGAGCAAAUACCAGUCGGACAAAAUCUAUUGUAAAGAUACAGAGCGAGAGGGGCUGUGUUUUGUUUAUUUGAAGGGUUUUUGGGAAACAAGGACAUUUGGCAAGCAAGGUUGUAGUGUACAAGUAGCUCCUGGAAGAAAAGGUCAAAAGAUAAACAAAAGUGAUGUGGUGUAAAAUCUAAUACAGUGAUUUCUGGGAUGUGUUAUGUUGGAAAAUCUUCCUCUGUUUUCACUCAGUGAUUUUAAAUGUUUUAUGUUUGUUUUUAAGUUCCUGUUUUACCAUCAUCACUGUUUCUGCACCACAGUUGUUUUAUAAAAAAACUAUUGAUGAAAUGAAA